AUGAUGCCAAAACUCUACAAAAAUGCUCAAGGAGCUUUGCUGCAAUCUCUGUCAACAGCUAUCACAGCCGGGAUCUACUUCAGCAUUACGUGCGACAUUUGGUCGUCGUUGGCACUAGACUCGUACCUUGGUGUUACAGUCCACUUCAUUUCAGAGGAUUUCUACAGAAAACUUGUAGUGAUAAGAUGUGUACCCUAUAAUGCUAGCCACACAGGGGAAUCGAUCAAAACACGGAUCAGAUAUGUACUUCACAAGUGGGGGUUGCCAGAAGCGAGACUUCACUGUGUCGUUUCGGACUCAGCAGCCAACAUGAAGAAGGCUUUUGAAGAUUUCAACUGGAUCGCUUGUUUUCUGCACCUCUUGGCUCUCGUCGUGAAGCGCUCAAUAUUCCAGCAGAGCAGAGUUAAACUGAUAGUGAAGAAAGUGAAGAAUUUAAUCAUCAAACUUCGGACUCCAACAGGUAACUAAAAAAUAAAGUCAAUUAUGUCUUGAAUCGGGUUCUAGACUUCUAGUACAGUAAGUUAACACACCAUUAGAUAAUAAAUUGAUAUCAUUUUACACAAACUUCUUACAGGUAAACGGAUCUUGAAUGAGAACCAAAGCACUGACACCGCCUUGAUAACGCCGUGUGACACGCGAUGGAACUCGUAUUAUCUAAUGCUGCAGUGUGUGACCUCCAAGAAGGCAGCUAUUACCCUCAGCCAGCAAGAUCCGGAGUUGAAACUCGAGGCACGACAACAGGUUAGUUAAAUUGAAAACAAGCAUGAAAACAAGCAGAAAUUGUCAUUAUAUAACUUAGGACAAGUUUGAAAAUUUAACUUUACCAGCAUUAUAGAUUUAUAGUUCUUAUUUCUUAAUGCCAUACUAAUAUAUUAUUAUAUUAUACUCAUUACUCAAUACUCAUUAUAUAAAGAUAUAAUAAUGUGACUCAUCAGUCAUCACUCAUGAUCGUAUCAUUCGUAUGAUUACUUACUAUGAUGUAAUAAGCUAAUAGCAUUCUUAAGUCUUAACUCAUUCAACCAAUCAGAUGAGUCCUGGCAACUGGGACAGAUGAGUCCUGGCAACUGGGAACUGAUUGACAAAGUCAUCGCCAUAUAUGAAGCCCAUAUUCCUUACUACGAAAGCUGCAGAAUCUGACACCGUUUCCAUAGCUGAAGUCAUCCCGCUAUUGAAGAAACUUAACUUUGACAUUGGAGCCAUCACAUACUCUGGGAUAGGAACUCUGAAUGCAGAAGUCCUACAGCAAAUGAAGAGGUUAGAUAAUACAUAAUAUUUUUUAUUUUUAAAAAGCAUGGUGGUAGGUAAGUAGGCACCGGUUCUUCAAUGCACGUAAUGCAUGACUAACAGUCUAACCCAAUUUCAGAUAUUUUGUUGUAAAGUACGACAUAUAAAGACAAAGCAGUAUAGUAUUGCGACAGUCUUGGACAACAGGUUCAAGCUUGCUGGUUUUCAGAAGAACGAGAACGGUGUACUCGCGAAGGAGAUGAUUAUCAGGUGGCGCUUGGCUUACUUAUCAUUUAAUUUGAAAUUUUCAAAUUAAAUGCUUUCUCAAUUCUCACGAAGUUAUCACAGUAUCACACACUGGGAUCUGUGAUUUUCCAAAUGCAGAUGAUUAAAUUUACGUAAUACAUUAAAUAGUUUUAUUAGUUUAUACAUAACAUAAUAGCUAUUUGCCUAUUUACCACUCCCAGCGAUUUAGCGGAGGUUGCGGAACCAAGACAUGAGGUGGAGAGUGGCGAAGGCGAACCUUCAACCAGCAAAGAUAGUUGGGCUGCAGUUCUUGUUGACAAUGACUCGGGUCAGGAUUCACAAGAUGAAGAAAUGGAGGCACCCUACAGGGUGGAACUACAACGAUACCUCAAAGAAAAAAGAAUAGCUGACUUGACAAAGGAUCCACUGACAUACUGGAGAGUAAAACACAACAAAUUCCCACAUCUAGGAACUUUGGCGUGCCGCUACCUGUGCCCUCCUCCAGGAAGUGCUGCAUCAGAGAGGCUAUUCAGUACGGGAAAGAACGUUCUUGGGAUGAAGAGGCUUUCGCUAAAACCUGAUAACAUGGAAGCGAAUCUAUUCUUGAAGUACAACAUUCGAGCUCUAGGAUACAAAACGGACCUACCCAGGGUAACGGAUGACUUCGUUGCCCCCAACGAGGGGAACCUGCCAGAGGCAGUGGUGGGAGAGGUUCAUGAUGACGAGACGAGUGACGUCGAAAUAAUCAUGAGCGACGAUGAAGACUGA